ACACUUUUGCAAACAUUGGGCCGUACGUUCAUACGAAGUGAGGGCUGUGCUGUGUAAUUCAGUUAUCUCCUGUUUAUUUAUUCAAUUUGCCCAUUGUUGUAAAACUGCAAGAAAGUGAUUAUUAUUUAUAUUGAGGUUGAGAAGAUGAGAUUAUUAUUCUACAGCCAGUAGCGUUUCCCACUUGGAUUCAAAGACACCACUUUUCUUGGCACUGAGAGCGUCAGUUGGUGAUUUUGUUGGCAAUUUUACAUAGUUUCCUCGCCUGGUGAACUAUCUCUCCAUCCACCGCCCGCAAGUGCAUAUCUGAGCAAUAGCGAUAUCGAUAAUACCAAAAUGUAACUUGUCACACGUUCAUUCUCUCUGUUAAUAUGUCCACCUUGGACGCGGGUGACCAGUGAGUGUUCUGAGAGAGAGAACGCAAAAUAUUAAUCAGGACUGAACUCUAGUGACGACAAUAAUGUGACUGUUGAACUCGUCAACUCUGAACCCUUUCACAAAAGGCCAAAGGGCAUCGUGCCGCAGAUCAGCGGCAUACGUGGAGAAGUGCUUUGGGCUCAGCACCUGUGGCGUGGCAUUGCUAAUUUCGCGCAAAGGGUCCAUUCCACAUGGAGUGCGAAGUGAGCUCCACACAACCUGCGGCCUACAAUGGGGCGGGAAGUCGUAGUAGUCCCCCCUCGGCCUCCGUCGUCACUUCGUCCUCCCCCGUGCCCAAGACCGGCGGGGGGAGUGGCAAGUCCCAACUCCACGUCGACUUCAUUGAGCACGGCGAAGUGAAGGAGAAGCGAGAAAAGUACUUGACGGCCAAAUACGGGAGUCAUCAAAUGAGUCUCAUCCGGAAACGUCUUGCAGUGGAAAUGUGGCUUUACGAUGAGCUCCAGAAACUUUACGAAGACGAGGAAGGGACAUCUUCCACUCAUGACGUUGAGAUCGACUUGGACGAAGUGCUUGACAUGGACGGGGACGAGGAACGUCGGAAAUUUCUGCUCCCACUUCUUGUGGACGCCAAGAAGUCUCAAGACAUAGUAAAUAAAUUUGUGGACGAGGUGAUAUCCAAAGCGAAAACUCUGUGAGAACAAUGCUACAAUACACAUCAUGCCCCGUGUAAUUCACUACGCCUUGAAGCCUCCUCCUGUCCGAGUACUACUCGUGGUCCCGAAACCAACAAAAUGACACAGUUUUAAUUAAAAAGAGUAAAAACCAUUAGUAAUACCAACCAUACACAUCUAGAGACCAGUUACGUAGACUUUUUUUAGAACGGCAAUUAGGAAAAGCAUAAAUUUAUCUGUAGUAAUUAAACAUAACUUUAUAUUGUGAGGUGGUGAUGAUGGUGACAUAAGAUCUCGACAUUUUAAAGUUGAAUGAUUUACAGUUGUAUUAUGACUUGUUUUUUUUCGUGACAGAUUACACUACCUCGUUUUUACUCCUCCUCCACCUCCUCCUACAACAACUGAAAUCAAUCAACCCUAAUAUUUGUUGAUGGGUAUUAACACAAAUUAGUUUCAAUUAUGUUUUGUACCACCGUUUAACUUAUAAGAGAAAGCAUAAGAGCAACCAGGAAUUUGCAUGAGAGCUACAUAAUUAAAUAGUCUUCCUCAAAACUUGGGUAAAUAAAUAAGAUAGCAAUUGCAUUUCUUGCAGAUUCUGAUUUCCGCAGCUUCCUUCAAGAUGCAAACAUUUUUCAUAACAAUAAUUAUGUCUUUUGUAGAUGACUAUAGAGUGACGCGAGUCGUCAUCUAACAAAAGGUCUCAAUGAUGUACAAUACAUAUUAAGUUUUUUUUGAUAAGUUGAGAGUGCGAGCCUAUGAUUAUUCAUAUUCUGAUCAACAUUGUGCUUGCAAUGAAGAUAUUUAUGUACGAGGUGCCUAUACAAAUUAUUAGUUUUGUGUGGUUAACGGCGUCUACAUAAAAAUAGCUCGGAAAAGACAGAAACAUAAAGCUUUUGUAAUUAUUUUUAUGCUAGGCCAAGACAAAUUUUGACAUUGCUGCGGAUUUUGAUACGUGAGAUAAAUGUGGUAGGCUCUAUAUACUUGUGUGCGUGUACAAUAAAAUUAUUUACAAUUAAAUGUAGACAUUUUUAGUGUGAUAAUAAACAAAACGAUGAUAAAAUCGA